UAGGGAUAUAAAGGUGGUGUGCAUUUAAUGUGCAGUUUUUGUGGCUGAAUACAAUGUCAGUAAAUCAGUCACCUCCUUAUCUAAACCCUUUCUUCCUCAGAUUUCGGACUCUCUGGGUGCUAGUUUGGGUUCUGUUCUCUCGUGUUAUACUUUAACUAACCCUUCCCCUGCUGGUUAUAUAUUAAUCCCUGAAAUAUAACUCCAGAUUUAAGUCCUCUCUGCACUUGACAUUGAAUCACACACAUGAGUCUGUGCAGGAGAAGCAAUUCAAAAAACACCGGGCUAUACAGGCAUUUUAGCCCUGUAUUAGAUCAACAGUUGCCCCCAGGUGGGGGGAUUCUGGAACCAGCACAGAUCAAUCAGAUGGAGAGAAGCAGAAUAGAUGUCUAAGCACAGAAAGAGCCUAUUGGUGCAUCAAGCAAAGGCAAUACACAAAACUGGACUCCGAACUAGCACCAUGCUGAGUUGGAAAUUACCUCGAUUACUGACCAUCCAACAAAUACCCAAAGUGUUUCACGAAGACAGCAUCCUCUGUGGGUAUCGCUCACCAUGUAGCUCAGCUAAAACUUGUAUUCUGAGCCUCUUCCAAAUGACCAAUGAAACCCUUAAUAUCUGGACCCAUUUCAUACCGACCUGAAAGAGCCUAUUGGUGCAUCAAGCAAAGGCAAUACACAAAACUGGACUCCGAACUAGCACCAUGCUGAGUUGGAAAUUACCUCGAUUACUGACCAUCCAACAAAUACCCAAAGUGUUUCACGAAGACAGCAUCCUCUGUGGGUAUCGCUCACCAUGUAGCUCAGCUAAAACUUGUAUUCUGAGCCUCUUCCAAAUGACCAAUGAAACCCUUAAUAUCUGGACCCAUUUCAUACCGACCUGGUACUUCCUAUGGAGGAUGUUGUCCUUCUUGUACUCAGGUUUUUGGGAUGACCCCUUCUUGUGGCCUCUUUUAGUAUACCAGCUUUCCUGCUGUAUCUAUCCUUUGGCAUCUACUUGUGCUCACACAUUCAGUGUUAUGUCCACCAAGGCUCGACACAUCUGCUUCUUCUUGGACUAUGGAGCUGUUAGUCUGUAUAGCCUCGGGGCAGCCAUUGCUUACUCUGCAUAUGUAUUCCCAGAUCGAUGGGUGGGUGGCACUUUCCAUCAGUGGUAUGUUUCCUGCGCUGUGGUGAACACAAUUAUCUGCACUGCACUGGCCUGCUAUUCCAGGCUAGGUGCUCCAGUCCUGCAUUAUAACCAGCUCGUGAUAGAAAGGAUUCCUGAGGUGUCACGCCCCCGGCUCAGCAAAGUGCUACGCACAACAGCCUUUGCGUACCCCUAUUUUUUCGACAGCAUUCCCUUGUUUUACCGACUUUUCCUGUGCUCUGGUAGUGGUUGUGCGCAGAAUGCUGCCCUCCCCAUGCACAUCUGGCAUUCUCUCUUGGCCUUCCUCACUGCUUUCCUUUUCUCCACGCACCUCCCGGAACGGUUGGCCCCUGGACGCUUUGAUUAUGUGGGUCACAGUCACCAGCUGUUCCAUGUGUGUGGUGUUAUGGGCACUUACAUCCAGAUGGAAGUCCUGAUAAAGGACAUGAAUCUACGAAGGGAGUGGCUUGUGGAAAAGGCUAACAUUCCAUCUUUCUCUAAUACCUUGGGAGCCUGGGGCAUAGGAAUGACCCUGAGCUUCAUUGUUAUUGUCUGCUUCUCUUUGGCUCUGUACUGGAAGCCCCGGAUUCAGAAGAAGAAGAAGAGGAGAAUGUGAUCUGCAAAUCCCAAGAUGCAUUGCACUGACGCCCAAGGGUGGCUAUUCUCACCUGGUGUAGUUGGAUUUCCAAAGAAUUUGUGACUCCAUUAGAAGCUUUAUACCUUGUACAAAAUCCUCAAGUAACAACUGAAACCAAUGAUCCUCAUUUCAAUGACCUGGCAGAUCUCUGGAAAGUUAUUUUCUCCACAAAUAUACUUCUUAGAACUACACUCCAGCCUUAACAUAUACAUAUACCUCAAAUGGAAAGCUGUACAAAGACUGAAGAAUCUACGAAGCCUUACACUGAAUUGUCGUGUUACCUGUGCUACUGAAAGCCUAAACCACCUCACAGACAACACUGAAGUCAUUAUCAAGUCUUAGUGAAAAGAUUCCAGGGGUCUCCUUUUGCAAUUCCGCACCCCAUACUAAAGAACUUUUAGACUAUUGCCUCUGUGAAUGACUCUGUAUUGUGGUAAAGGCUACUUACUGUUAAUGAAGAAGUGAUGCUGUUUUAUAUUCAAAUUCAAUGCCAUAA